AGUCAGAGGUAGAAAGCUGCCCAUUCGCAGUUUAGAUGCUCUCACCUCCUGGGCCUUAUAAGAAGGCUUCUCCCCCGUGGCCCAGGAAAUGGUGUGGACUCCGUAAGGGCAGAGCCCAGAGAUGAAAGGGUUGGGCUGGCUGCAGAGCGGGUGAGGUGGGCGGAGCCUCAAGGGCACAGAUUUAAAAUCCACCCCUGGCUGGAUCAGCUGGAGACAGACCAGUUAGAAACCACCUAAGGCAUUAUGAAAGACUUCUACGCCAGAGUUACUGUCAUGGUUACAGGUCUUUGCUUUAUGGGAACAGUGACAAACCCAUCAAGAAAAAGCAGUCUUUCCCUUCAUCAGCAGGAUGGGGAUCUUCUGGCAAACUGGUCUUCUACAAGACAUGCGUCCCAGAAAACAGACGCCGUGGACAGGAACUCCUGUUUCUUUAGAGUUCUCUUCCACACGAACCAUCUGGACCGCACUAAUCAUCGCUUGUCAAAAGUGACCCUCAGCCGUCUCUCGAAUUUGCAUGCUUUGGAGAUGUUAAACCUUGGCGACUACGUUAUCCACUCCCUCUGCCUGGAUCUGCCCCUGCCUUCUUCCUCACAGCAAAAGCGCCACAGAAGUCACUUCCAUGGCCGACAUCCCCGGCUAAAGGUGCUGCUACUUCAAAGGAAUCAACUCGGUCCUAUUCCUAAAGGACUGUGGAAGCUGAAGCCACUGUGCAGUGUGGAUCUGUCACUCAACAGGGGAGUCGGCAUUGGGCUGUCUGGUUUUCAUGGCUGUCUGCAGCUGGAGAGCAUCUAUUUAAAGAACAAGAUCCGCACGAUUCACCCAGAAGCUUUCAAAGGACUCAAAAAAUUACAGGUGGUAGACCUCAGAAGCAGUGCACUGACCACGCUUGUACCAAUUGUGACCAUUGCUCUAGAAUGGCCCAACCUGGAACUUGGCUUGGCUGAUAACCAGCGGCAGUGUAAUGAGAGCGACGCCAACUUCCAAAACAUCGCCUCUGUAUCCUGGAGGGAAAUAUGGAAAGCCGUCUGCAACACGUCUGUGGAGAAUGAGAAACCGUAUGUGGAGGCUCCCCAGAUCAGAAUUUCCAGGGAUAUACACCUUCCUCGCUCUCCUUCCGGCGACUUGCAAAGCCUCAUCCAGAGCAAAGCAGAGAAGCCCCGGGCAGGAAUGGACGCACACCUUUCCGCUCUGGAGAAGAAGGCACAGGUUGGCUCUGGUGAUCUCAAAGGGAUAUGGCUGCAGUCCCCGAUGGAGCUCAGAGACCCCCAGGAUGGACCUGUCCCUGACAGAAAGGAAGACAAACCCCCAGACCUUGCCCUGGCCGUCUGCCUGUCAGUGUUCAUCACAUUUGUGGUGGCGUUCUGCCUGGGGGCUUUUGCAAGACCCUACAUCGACAGACUAUGGCAACAAAGAUGCUUGAACAAAAGGCCUGGCUCCAAGAAUGCCUACUCAAACGAGGGUUUCUAUGACGACGUGGAAGCUGCCCAACAUGUACAGCACCAAGGGACAGAUCUAUGCCAAACUACCCACCACCUAAAUCUGUUUGAGAACCAGGAUCCUUCCUGGGGGACAGAGGCAAUCCCACAUGGUGCUGUCCUAUCAGAACGGAUGCUGAGAAGCAAUGGGAUGGACCCCAGUAGUCAGCAGAGCCCAGGACAAUUCGAGGACAGCGGUGAGGCAAGAAGUGGAGAUGGCAGCUUGUUUCCAAAUGGCCGUGUAGCCCACCCUGCAGUCCACGGGCUUCCAAGGGCUGAUGCUCAGAAGCCGAUUUCACCAGGGCAGGAUCACUAUGACGUUCCUGAAGAAUCACAUUACGACACAGUGGCCCAGGAAUAUUCUCUCCUUGACAAUGCGAUGGAUAGGUCUUCUGUUGCUGGCCGUCUGGGAACUUUCCCCAACUCUAUCAAUAGUGGUUGGGAUGAAUUGUGCCCUUCACAGCCAAGGGAUGUUGUGGCUUCCUUCUCCAAAACCCUAGCACAUAUGAGCACUCGAGAGGCUGAGGAGAGUGUGGGAAGGGGCUUCCCUGAACCUUUGGGAGCCGUGAGCUCCCAGAUGGAAUCUUCUGAGGAAAGGCAAGUGAGCAAUUCCAAUAGAGAGCUGGCCACACAGCAGCCAAGCUUCCAGGAAGUCGAUGUUGAGGAAAGACUUGCCCACGUCUACAGUGAGGCCCUAUACAAUGACCCACCCUCCCACAUGCCAAGACGCGGCAGUGGCUAUGAUGUCGCCUCUGCUACUGAGGAGGCUGUGCAGAGAGAUGCUUCCUUUGACCUUCAUGAUGACUUGGUGACCAACUACGAGUCUGAUUCUGAUGAGGGCUCUUUGUUUACCCUUAGUUCUGAGGGUUCUCAGGACACAAGGAGCUUGACUGAAGAACAGGCAUUUGUGGAGAGUGGUGGGGACAGCCAGCCCCUCCCGAGCAGGAACUUGGGGGAAUACAAGGACAAUGUGACAUCAGCAGAAAGUGUUGAAGACAUCACGUCACAACACACUCUAGAGAAGCGUGAAGCGCAGGAAGCUCACCUCGGAAACACUCUCAUUUCUGGUCCAGACUCUUGUGUGUGUGAAACACAUCUGGAAAAUGACUCUAGCCCCCUUGACCCUGAGAAUGUACCAACAUGGACCCAACCCCCAGACCAUAAGCUAGCACACCAUGAGACUCUAGGCACGUUUGUGUAUGGUGACACAGGGCCCCAGUCUGAGGCAGUAGACUGGCUCUACUCCCUUAGAGACCUGGAAUUCCCAAAUAUAGAUAGUUCACCAUCACCACCGUGUUCUGAUCAAGAUCCCUCAGAUCCUGAGGAGCAUGACACCAAAUAGAAGUAAACAUGGCAGCCUUAUAAGCUGGGGGAUAGAGCGCCAUUGGUAGAGUGUGUGCUCACCAUGCACAAACCCCUGGGUGCAAACCACAGCACUGGAGACAUCGGGCACACUGGCACGUACUGUCAGCCCAGCCCUUGGGAGGCAGAGGCAGGAAACAGGCGUGAGACUGAAACGGCUCUUGCACAGCAGAUGAUGGAAUGUUCUGGCAAAUGUGGGCUCUGUUGCUCCAACAGUCAGCUUGUGAGAGAUGUCAGCCCUACAAAGACCCCGUCUCCCACUCACAUUCCAGGACCACAUCCUCAACUGCAGUUGCCCAAAUCUGCAUGGUCAUCCUGGAACCUAAAAGCUAUAUUUUUUUCUUCAGAAAUAUGCGCUCCAAAAUUCACUAUUUUAGUCAACAGUGUCCACCCAGUAAACCCAUUUACAGAUUUUA